AUGGCAAUACAACACCUCGCCCCAGAACUUCUCAUCCGCAUUUUUGAGUCCCUCUCCUCCGUCUCAGACAUCAUCAGCCUGUCUCUCACCUGUCGCUAUUUCUACGAAAUCCUCCCCAAAUCACAAAAGCUGGCACUCUUCUUCAGCACAAUAGAUGAAACAGACGGCCCAGUCGAAGAUAUUAUACAACUCUUGACCCAGAACAACAAUCAAAUGCUGCACAUCCGGCGGACUCCGCCUCUGUCCUUUGCCUUGCUCUCGCAAGUCACUGCCGUUGCUCGCGUGGCACAGCGCUACGUCGACCUAUUCCCCGGAUUCAAGUGGCUAGAGACGGAGAGCGUUAACCGACGCAUGUUGGAUCGCCACGAAGCUCGCCGACUGCGCCGCGCGGUCUACAGGCUAUGGAGCUACGCAAAAGCAUUUCAUCAAUUUCCUUAUCGCAAUGCCCGCACCGACGCAACAGCCACCGCGGAACGACUGCAGCUGCUGCGCACGUGGUCGAACGACGAACUGUUUGAGCUGGAAGAUUUCCGCGGUUUGCUCGAACAAUUGCUCGCCACCGAAAUCUGUCCCACCGAUGGAGACGUAUACUCGCGGAUUCCCGACGAUGCACAAAAGUUCCAUCUGUCGCUGCAGUAUCCUUACCUUCGCCCCGUGUCAUCCACUCCGCAAGCAUACCAUGAUCUUUUCCACAGUUCUCGCAACGCUGACAACCAUGAUUUACACAAACCGACAGUCCAGGAACUUCGGAUCAGGCACAUGCAAGGAUGGGGCAGCGACCUGCAGAACUUCUACUUGAUCCAGUCGUUCUUGAAAUUUUCACCCGCGCAGAUCCUGUGGCUGUUCGACAACGCGGUGUGCCGCGCGGACGUGGAACGGUUCAUCGAGCAACAGACCCACGAUCCGUGCUUCUUCGAGAGUGGAUCCGUGUUUUUCCAAGACUGGGUUACGGUGUUGCAUACGCGAGGCGUGGAUGUGCAACAGGCGCGCGAAGCCAUCUGGCAGGAGAAGGCGGGAGUAGUGAUUACCGCAAUAUAA